AUGUUAUGCAGCAUCAUAAAAGUCCGCCUCAUUAUCCAGACAUCGAUCGCAUGUGGCCCUGUUCUCGAGAAUAACAAGCUGAUGCAGGAGACAGCUGAGAACGGCCGCUUUGUGAAGGCAUGUUUCCCCAUGACGGCCUUCGGCUCCACCAAGCAGACCGUGGUGAUGCUGUGGGGCAGCGAUCGCUUGGUGAUCAAAGGUUUGAAGCACCUGUCAGGGAUUGACCGCGGCUUCGUGAAGCCGGCUCGGGAAAGAUUUGAUGAAGAGGAAAGGACGGCGACUUUUAUUUACGCUGUAACAGAUAUCACUCUGCUCCGACACCGUCGGAGUGUUGACUUUCUGGUGGCACUUGAUCUUGGCCGAUUUCUCAACAGCCUCGCCAAAGAUCUGCUGCAACAGGACCUCGAUGAAGUUUUCGUGAGAGUGCCCCACGAUGCCGAUGUGAAUCUUCGUGGGAAACGGAACGAUUUGAUCUUUCAGGCCGAAGAGUUCCAUAUUACCCGCCCGCUCCCCGCCGCGACCGCGGCCGCGAUGGUAACCACGGCAAUCAAUGCAGCAGACGAGGACUGCCCUUUGACGGUGCUGUUGGCACUGCCAACAGGCUCUGCGAUCUCGGCGAUCUACGAUUUUGACAGUUUUGCGAAUCGCGGGUCUGUGGCUAAUGGGCAGCUACUGACCGAGACUCGGACUCUCAGUGCGAGGUCUUUGGCCUCCGACAAUGCUGAGCAUGACGAGGAGAAGCCGGAUGCAAAGAGAUUUCUCAUGUCGACGGCCAAGCGAUCUUUGGACGAGGCUUUCGGACUGGGUGGCUCGGAGAAGGCCAUGGGCAGCGACAGCAAAAAGAAGGACAAGAAGAAGAAGGCCUUGGAUGAUUCGGCGGCAACUUUUGGGCUCGCAAAGAAGGAUAUGCUGAGGACCAUGGACUACACGGUGGUAUCCGAUCUCGAAGCCAACAAGAUAGCUUUUGUUCUGUCAUCAGUGACCCCGGCUAUGAUUGCCAACGAUCUGUUUGAGCUAGGAGGAGAGCUGGAGUCGCUCCUUCGCGAUCGGGCUGUGCAAGCCAGGAAGAACCGUGCCAAGACCGAGCACAACGAAGCGAUGUUUCAGGCCGACAAGUCUGAAUGGUCGAGAAAGCUGGAUGAUAUAUUGAAGGAGCACCGGACCACAGGCACGAGGCUUGUUCCAUGUCUGCCACAGACAAAGGCAGCUACGGAAGACCUCAAGAAGACGAUCAAGGCGAGCAGCAAAGAGUCCAAAGACAGCAAAGGGUCCAAAGACGGCAAAGACCCCAGAGACAAGCAUGAGGCGGGGAAGAAGAAGAGGAAGCCAGCUCCCAAGGAGUGUCCUGGCUCCGAGAAUGAUGAUGAUGAUGAUGCAAAGGAGGAGGAGGAGGAGGAGGACGACACGGGAAGCCCGACGGGGGCUCCCUAUAUGGAUUCCGCCUCGGAGCCAGAGCCGGGGCCAGAAGAGGAUGAUGAAAACGAGGAUGCUGAUAUUUUCCAAGGCGACUUCAAGCCGGCCGCCCCGACUGCCACGACUACAUCCGGCAGUCUGGAGAAGCUGCCGGCCAAGUUCAAGCAUGUUUUGGAGCGAUUCGAUUCUGGGAUUUUAGACUCCCUGCCGAAGGAGCUCUCGCAGACGGAUCUUGGCCACUGGAUCCUUGUUCUCGACAAGGAAUGCCUACACAAGCCGGAGCACUUCCAGCUCGGACUGGAAGGACCGUUAUCCACCCACAUCUCGGCCGGCAAGUCGCAGCUCAUGAAGAUGUCUCUGCGGGUGAUGUCGACGCCGACACGCCGCACACCUGCUGCUGAGAAGGGUAGCUAUUUGCGGGAAGGCCGCCUCACACAGGCAGAAGUAUCGUCGAUUUUGGACAAUGCCUACGUGCUCACCCGCAUAGCGACGUGCUCGCUCAUUCGACAGCAUGUGAUUCCUUGGCUCAAUUAUGGCUGCCAGCCAAUGGAUACUGCAGAGACUCAAGCAGCUCUCAGAGCCGGGUGCAACCAAGACCAGCGGCCAGAGCUGCUGAAGCGGAUGCACAAGAAAUUGGAGCUUAUUGAUUCUCUUAUUCAAGAUGGGAAGCCGGUCGGCGAGAUCGAGGACGCCCUAGCGAUCCAUCGACAAGCAGCUGCAAGGCAGCUUCUGCCGCUGCGGCCGAGAAUUUUUCAGGAGCCUGAAGUCCAAGAGGCAGCGGCAAUAGAAGAUGCGACGAGCUCGGAGACAGCAAGCCCUGGAGUCCAGUACACCGACACCGAGAUCCUGUACCUCAGAUCAGAAACACAGCAAGCAAAAGGAGUCCUGCAAGUGCACAAGGUGCCCGAGGAGUGCAUUAUCAAUGGAUACCGGUUUCUGCUGAGAGCCGAAGAGAUCUGGAGUCUGACAAAAAGAGCCCAGCAGUUUACUAAUUGGUAUACGAAGCUGCAGGAUGGCCUUGGGCUGGACGUGGCAGAUGCAUGGAAGAUAGAUGUGAAUCAGCACAUGGUUCGCAAGGCCACGUACAAAGGCAGUUUGAAGAUUUCUCGGGGAUGUGUGAGUCUGGAGAGCUGGCGAAGCUUCCUAGAGCAUGCUGAUAUGGUGCAGUGGCGAACCUGUAGACUCCUGGCGAAGGAGGAGCAAAACAUUGAUACAGGCAUCGGUGUGGCCGUCGCCGCUUGGUUCAUUCUUCGUGCAGCAGAGCGGGCACUGCCAGCGGUCGUGACCAACCAGAUGCCUCCGCUGCAAGCCGAUUUCAAGUUCCAUCCAGCAACGAAGGAUGGCCGCAAGCUCCGUGGCGAUUGCAAACCUCGGGCCGAGCUUGCAAUUGACAGAUUUAUCUCCCGAGGGGGAGGGUUCUGCUCCUCCGAGAUGGACACGUCUUUGAAAGCUUUGGGCCUGGAGACAACCUCGGACUUUAUGUGUAGAUACACGCGGAAGACGGAAGUGACCAUCAAAGAGGCUCUCGCGAAGAUGACGAUGAAAUCUUUGGGAGUCCUUUGUGACUCAUCCCCCAUGGCCAAGAUGGUUUGGCUACCGCUCCUCUCCGUGCAGGGGGUGCUCUCAGUCGGAACCCUUCAACGGCUGUCCACUCUUCUUCCCAGCACGGCCACGGCCGAAGAGAAACAACAAGUGGCUGCAAUGGUUGCAGACUCCCGAAGCAGCACCAUCAUGGCCGAUCCAAACAAGAAGGCUGAACUCAAAAAGCCCAAGGCGCUGAGCGCCAUCAAACAGGAUCGUCUAUCCAGCAGGCAAGAGCUGAAGGCUCUCAUGAACAUCCUGAGCCACGUUGGCAUUUCGAUGGAGGAUUGCUGGCCACGUCACCCGCUCGUUGCAGCAAACCCGGAGAGGGAAAGCCGUAUUCUGCACAAGGUCGGAGCCCUCUCGUUGGCCUAUAUCUUUGACCGCGAAAGUGGAACGUGCAGAUGGGAUACUCCCAUGAGCACUGACCACUUGAGACUGGUCAUUUGUCCAGACCAAGGGGGCCCCAUGUUCUGCUGCUACCAAUACUUGGCCCACAAUGGGGCGAGUGUGGCACUGGUGAGAGACGAGAAUGACCACUUUGUGCGGCUGGCUCUUCAGGGCCAAAAAGUCGCCCUGGAAUACCUCUGGAUUUGGUUGCACCCUCGCCGAGGCUGGAACCAGGCUCGCCCCGACGAUGUUCUCAUGGACAUGUUCCAGCGGGACAUCCUCAAAGAGAACGAUCUGGAGGAGACGGCAGACAGCAAGCUGAACUUCACGCGGGUGAUGGAGAUCCUGGGCAAAACUUGCAAAUGGUGCUCGUUCUCGCACACAGCCAAGCGAUUUCAGAUGAGUGCAACCUUGUUACUUAUCCUGUGGUCGGCUAUGGAGGUCGGCAAGAAUCCUUUCAAGAUCUUGGACGACGAAGGGCCCCAGCAGAACCAAAAGUCCUACGACAAAACAGUUGACCUCUGUGUGAAGGCCCUGACCAACGAGCUGAGCUUCGGCAUCUUCCGUGUGGCCCGCAACAUGCUGGAGCCCUUCCGGGAGCUGUGUUUGGAACUUGUCAUCAGACUAAAGUUUCGAAGGGGCAUCACCCACGAAGACCUCCUGAGGGAAUCUUUUGGCCUCUACCUUUCGACUGUUCACGAGUUGCUGCAGUACACGUUGUACCUGCGGAGCAGCCCUCACUGUGCAGCGGGUCUCAUUUCCGAGAAGGACGCAGACAACGGCAGCAUCAAGGAAGGCAUCCUCACGAGAAUGAAAGAUGAAUGGCAAACCGUGCUGGAGAUGGAAGCGAAGCCGGCAUCCGCUGUCAUUUUGACAGCCAGCUGCCACCACACGAGAUACCAGCAUUACCGUGAGAUCAUGACUUGCCUGGAAAAGCACGAGUUUCGCAUGACGGCCGAGUGCAAGGACAUGGUGAGUGCCUGGAACCCGGCAUUCUGCCAGAGUGCCUCCCUGGAGAGCAUGUUUGGGGAUAUGAGUGACGCCGUCAAGAGAUCAGGGCGAUCGGACUGUGGAGGCCUGGCAAGCUUGCAUGCGGUUGGGGUGCGAAGCUUGAUGCACCGUGUGUGCCGGAAACCGGAAAGCCCGAAGCCUGUGGAACUGGUGAAGGAGGCUGUGGGGCUGAAGGAGCUCCCCUACAAGUUCGCGGGUGCACUGCCGGAGCAGCAGGAGGAUGAAACGCGAGUUCCCUGCAAGCAGCAGGCGGACUUUUGGGACCCGCUGGGCCAGGGGGUGUCCACUCCUGCUCUCGCCUUGGAUGUCGGCAGGUGCCUGAUCAAGCAGCUCCGCUUUGGCUACGACGAUGUAGUCUUGUGUGGCUACAGCUUGCAUGUCUGCGAGAAGGCCUUAGAGGAAAAGUCUGGAUCCUGUAUCUUGAUGAGAAGAGGGGCCACGGAAUACUCCUUGCUGUGCUAUUUAGUGCAAACGCAGCAAAUCUUGCAGACCGCCAGUGCAUCCUUGAGCGAGCUGCUGAUGAGACACGAUGUCCAGAUGGCGAAGAGCUCGACAAAAAAUCAGAAAGUCAGAAGAUUGCUGAUGCUUCCAUCUGUGACGGACGCAUGUGACCGUGCAGUCAUCGAGCGGAUAUUGGCCAAGCUGGAUGAACAAGAGGAGAAAAGGAAGAAGAGAAGCCAAAGCAAGGAAGAGGAGCAGCAGGAUGACGAGGGCGACGAGAUCCAGUGGGCCGAGCUGUGCGACGAUCCUGCUACUGCAGCCUGCAGAGAGCUCUUGGAAAGGAUGGAUGAGGCAGAAGAGAAGGAGGACACAAACGGCAUCAGUGAUGUUUGUGCUCUUUCGUUUUUUUUGCAAAGCUCGGAAAACAGAAUCAAACGACUCGGCAGGAGGCUCACGAGCACAAGGACGACGAGGAAGCAAAGCCGGCUGCAGCUUUGGGCGAAGAGGCGGCUCGAGCAUCAAGAGCCUUCCUGUCAUCCUCUUCGGUAUCGUUGCCAAACACGUUGGUGGCUUCAAUGCCUGUCCCUCCCGAGUGCUCCAUUCACCAGACCGUACACUGCGAUGGAACGUUACCACACUUUCAAGGACGUUUGUUCAACAACCGUUGCUUUGAAGGCAAGUGGCUGGGAUUGA